UAAAACGAAAAAGUAUUAAGAUGACAUUCUUUGCAAUAAUUAAACUGUCAAAUCUCAUGAUUUUUUCUCUAAGACUCCCACUUUAAGUAAAUUUAAUGUCAUCCUCAAAUAUAAUUCGUUAAGGAAGCAUCAUUUGUUCCAUUCUCUUAACACACACACACACACACACACACACACAGAGAGAGAGAGAGAGAGAGAGAGAGAGAGAGAGAGAGAGGCAACUCAAUUGAGAAGAUAUCAAAGUUGAUGAAAACAUGGGUAUGAUGAUGGUGAUCAAGAAGAUUAGUCUCCUCUUCCUCGUCGUUUCUGUAUCACUUCUGCCAACCUCAUUUGCAGGCCGACGAUUGGUUGACAACAUGGCCGAUGAAGUAGACGCAACUCAUGAGGAAGUCAGUGGAAUUCACGUGGAAAGGCUGCUGAGAAUGAACGCAAAGGACUACGGGAAAUAUGAUCCAGCACCAACUUUCGUCAAACCUCCUUACAAACUCAUUCCCAACUGAUCAAAUAUACCUAUAUAUGUAUAAGGGAAGCAAUUUACCCUUACCCCCAUGCAUAUAUAUGCAUGAAUGCAUCAAGCUUCAAGAAAAAGGUUCGCGGCCCAUUUACUAUGAUCUUAUAUAUGAUCGAUGAAACUCCAAAUAAAAAUUGAUGUCCAACCUCUGUAUAUGUAAAAUCCAGAAGCGUUACUAGAUGUAUUACGCGCUAUAUACGUAUGCUUUUAUGCUAAGUUUUGGAGAUGUUAUUAGAUGCUAAAGACUAGAAUAAAUACGUGCUCGUCCUCCCGAAUAGAAACCGGAACUAUGUGUUGUAUGGGUUUCUCGGAAGAAGCUGUUUGUGUAAUAUUGUGGCAUGUUUUUUUAGUGAAAAUCCUAUUAUGUCAACAGUGUUAUGUAAGUAUGUAGUAGUUAUUAGUUCACCAAAAAAUAAAAAUAAAGUAUGUUGCUAUUA